UAAUGUAAUAAUUAGAUUAAGAUUUUCAGAUUGGUGAAGUGGUUCAAAUAAAAAAUAAAAAAACUGGAUGCUAUUUAGCUGCUACAGGAUUCAAUACUGUAGAAAAAGGAAUGUUAUUUGGUAGUACAAUUAACUAUAAUGAUUAUUAUGUGGUUGGGAGUGAUGAUCCAAAUAGUCAUUAUACACUUUGGACAAUUAAAAAAGCUUUUAAUGAUUCAUUUAGAAUUAACUAUGGAGACCUAGUUUUUUUUAGGAACUUAAGUACUAAAAUGUUUUUGGUUUAUAAUUUUGAGAAAUAUUCAGAAGUUUCGAAUUAAGUUAGAGUUUCCUUAAAUGAGACAAAAUAAGAUUUUUUUCCUUUUAUUUUAUAAUAACAAGACGAAUCAAUAUUCUAAAAUAAGAAAUAUUAAGUUAAGAGUGGUGUGCAAUUAAAAAUAUAAACUACUAAAUUAACACAUUUUCUAUAAGGCUCAAAUAAGAAUUACACUACAAAAUAAGUAAAAGAUUUUAAGGAAAUUUGUUGUGGAUAAGAGAGUGAUUAUAAUUAUUGGGAGAUUCUUAAAUUAACACCAGAAUAACAAUAGUUUUUUGAGAUUUAAUAAACUUAGUAAUUAUAAAUGAACAUACAAGAAAUCUUUGAUAGUGAUAAAAUAAUAAUAAGAAAUUAUAAAACUGGAUAUUCUUUACAUUCUCAUAAAAGAAAAUAUAAAUCUACUGGUAAUCAAGAAGUUACUUGUUUUGGUUAUGAAAGAGAUGGUAUACUUAUUAUAUUUAAAUAAUAUAGAAAAUGAUUGGUGGAUGAUAAAAUAAACAUUUUAGAUGGCCUAAAAAAUAAUCUAAGAUCAAAUGCCCAUAAAUUUGAUACAUUAAGAAACCAUAUCAUAUUUGACAGUUGAUGAGUAAAAUUAAGCUAAAUCAAAGAAUGGCAAUCAAGUUAGAUGUACAAAGUCAUCUAUGCAAUAAUCAUUUAUUAUAAUAAGUAUAUAGAAAAGAAUAAUUUUUAUAGCAAUUGAUAAUUAAUAACUAGUUGUAGGAAAACCAUUUAUGUUGUUUUAUUAACCAUUGAAUAAAUAUCUUUGUUAAGGACCAUAAUUAACAGAAAUGCAAACAACCUAAUAUGAAAUCAUAAUGACAGAUAAAUUAUCUACUUUUUGUUUAUGGAUCAUAGAAUAAAAAAAUAAAUGAAACAAAAAUAUUUAUAUAAAUGUUUUUAAAUUAAAAAAAUUGCACACAGUGAGAUUUGAACUCACGCGAGAAUGACUCACCGCAUCUUGAGUGCGGCCCCUUAG